ACUGAUUAGCACCAGAGGGAAGAUAGCCUUUUCCGUGAUGGUCGAAGUUGCAAUGAGGAUUUUAUAAGUUUCAUCAUUAUAUUAUUUAAAGUUAUUUAUCAGAAUGACCAUGAUUUCAAAAGCUGCAGUGGGUAUUGCCGUAGGCAUCGCUGGUAUUUUUGUUGGCUAUUGUUUUUACUUUGACCAAAAACGCCGUAGUGAUCCAGAUUUUAAAAAGAAACUACGUGAACGAAGACGUGCUAGAAAACAAGCACAGAAAGCAAACUCUAAAAUACCAGAUCUUAAAGACCAUGAGACAGUACAGAAAUUCUUUUUGCAAGAGGUACAACUUGGAGAAGAAAUGCUUAUGCAUGGUGAUGUAGAAAGUGGAAUUGAACAUUUAGCCAAUGCAGUUGCAGUUUGUGGUCAGCCUAGUCACUUGUUGCAAGUUCUUGAAAAAACAUUGCCUCCUCAAAUUUUUAAUCUUUUGUUGCAAAGAAUACCUUCUGUUGGCCAAAAGCUAGUUUCUCAAACUGCAAUGUCAGAAGAAGAUGUUGAAUAGAAUACUAUAGAAUUCUAUAGAAUCACAUUGAACUUUUAAAUAAAAUUUGGCAUUAGUAGAAUGUGUACACUCUCAUUUCGUAUAUUAUAGUUGCCACUAUAACUUGACUUUUUGGUAAUUACAAUAACAUUACGUAAUUUAUAAGAUAGUAACAAAAAUACAUAUUCAUUUUAUAUUACAAUAAGUUGCAAUUAUAAAUACAAGUUUAUAUUAA